AUUUAACGAAAAUGAAAAAGUUUUUUUUAUUACACGUUGCUUAUUAAUUAAACAUUUAUGUGAAUAUUCCACGCAAAUAAUACAACUAUCAUAACCAUAUUGCUAUUGUAAACAUUAUUGAUUAUGACAAUCAAUGCGAUGCUAAGCCUGAUAUAUCUAAAUCAUUGUAGUCCGUAGCAAAUUCGUUAGUGUUUGCUCGCCAAAAUCAGUACCACAAUUAAGCGUAAUUCUCUGAAUUCUGAACACUGAAUCGGCAUUUCCCGCAAUCACGUAUCUCUUCAGGCAUGCUCGAGAAUUCGGUCGAGUAAACACUCAUUACAACAGCAUUACAACGACUUCCUAAGAGGAAUUUCAUCGAAAGCUAAGAUGACGGGAUCUGGAGAUCUUAACGACGGAAAUCGGUGAACUUGAUCUCCUCCGUUUAUAAAUAAAAAAAAUCUAGUCGAUCAUUUCCCAAAGCGCGAGUGAAUUCUGCAAGGUGGAUUCUUUAAUAAUAAACAGAGGAAGCAUGGCACGUCCGUUGAGUUGCCUUUUCGUGAUCGUAUGCGUCGCUUACGAAGUGAUCGCGGAAAAAGAAUCAAACAUCCUCAAGUUAAGCAGACCGCAAAAGGUUGCUUCGAACGAGACUAAAACGACAAAUUUUAACGUAACGGAAUACGCGACAGAAAAGAAUGAAUCCGGCAAACAGUCGCCUUUAAUUACUUUCAGCAAGAAUAAUCCAGAGUUGGACUGGAAGAAUUACUUGAAGAUGUUCGACGGAAACGAAGAAGAACACCGAGAUCUCGACGUCGAUUUUAUGAAGGAAAAACUUGAAAAGACGGCUAACAGUAUACAAUGGCUCGCUGAUCUUUACGAUCCUCUCAGGUGGGCCAGAGUGCCCGGAAAACUUCAAGACGAAUGUCGAAGAGAUAUGGAAAGGUUUCUCAGUGCACUGAGGGGCGGAAAACUCUGGGCAGCAAAAAUGUCAGACGCGAGUGGCCGCUACUCCUCGCAAUUUCACUUUGGCAACGGUUUCUGGCUGGGCUCGAUCACCCUUUGCAGGGAGCUCAAUAUCACCGACAGAAAAACUAUAAUGAACAUCGAGGAGCAAGCACCUUUUUCCUUGAGAUUUCACGUGGCAAGAUUUUAUCUAAAUCUCCCGAAAGAGGUCGACUUUUCAACACGUCAGGUGUUUUUGGGUCUCUGUUUGCCAGGUACAUGCGAUCGCACAUCCCUGACCUCGAUGCUAAGGGCCAGUGCUGAUAGAGUCGAACGCGAGGGCAAUUCGACCUAUCGAUCGAGCGGCCCGAAAAUUCACGUUGUUACGGUGAAGCCCGUGCCAUCCAGCAAUUACUGCGCCUGGCAAGAUCCCAAAUUUUACGUCCUUUCAGCCAUUGGCGGCACGAUAUUGUUGCUAAUGAUCUGCGCGAUCGUAUACGAAUACAGAUCAUUUUCUCUUGCGAGGGAUAUCGAGUUUUCGAACGUAUCGAAUAACAAUGACAAAACCAAUGACUUUAUAAACAAGAAUCUGAAUCAAGACCGCAGGAUCUCUAUAGGACAGGAAAACGAUCAGGAACUGAUCGAAAAAGGAACAAAGCGUUCGCAAAAAGAGAAUCCCAUUCAACGGAAGAAUUGCAACAAAGGAUUCUGGCUGAAAUUCUUACUCGCGUUCAGCCCUACCGUCAACGGGAGUAGGAUCAUUAGCACCGAGCCUGCGGCCAAAGAUAGUCUGACUUGUCUCCACGGUCUUCGCGUAUUCUCCUUAGGAUGGGUCAUCAUGGUGCACACAUACAUUCAGGUCUUCUCUAUCGCUGAGAACAAGACAUUACGAACGGUCACAGAAAGGAAUUUCAUGUUCCAGACCGUCAGUAACGCGACAUUUUCCGUGGAUACUUUCUUCUUUAUUAGUGGUUUGCUGGUGACUAUACUUUUCUACCGGUCCUUGAGCAAUCUGAAUAUUGAAAAGGGCAACUUUUUGAAGACAAGCUUCACCAAAUUCAUUAUCAUGAUCUUAUAUCGAUUCAUCAGAUUGACGCCAGCUUAUCUCUUUGUAUUGGGAAUGAAUGAGAUCGCUAUGAAACAAGCUCAGGCGAAGACAGUCUUUUCGCCAAUUGUUAUUGACCAUCUGACCUGCGAAAAGUUCUGGUGGCGAAACGCGCUAUAUUUGAAUUCUUUAUAUCCGCGUACAGAAAUGUGCAUGCUGUGGAGCUGGUAUAUGGCAAACGACACGCAGUUCUACGUCCUUGGGAUACUUCUUCUUUUGCUCUCGGUGAAAUAUUUCAAGACCGCGGUCACUAUCGUUUCACUGUUGAUCGUCUCUUCGUGGUUCACUACAUUCUCGAUAGCCUACAGCAACGAUUACAUAGCCAGGAUUCAAGAGCCGUUUGCUCUAUUUGACGAACUCUACGAUAAACCCUGGCUGAGAGCGGGUCCGUAUUUCAUCGGCACGAUCAGUGGUUAUAUCCUCUUCAAAACUAAGUGCCAGCUAAAGCUACCUAUGGGAGUAGAAUUAAUCGGCUGGAUACUGUCCGUGGGCAUCAUGUUCUCAGUGGUAUACGGAUUGUAUCCCGGAAAUUUGACGGUGAUGGUAAGCUCCGUAUAUGCUGCCUUGGGACACACCGCGUGGGCGAUGGCCGUGGCUUUUAUCGUGAUCCAAUGUUGCACAGGGUCGGCACGAAUGAUCGACAGUUUGCUUUCGCUUAGGCUAAUGUAUCCUCUCUCGAGACUCACAUAUUGUGCCUAUCUCGUGCAUCCUGUUAUCAUGAUGGUCACGACUACACAGAUGGACGGACCGCUGCAUCUCCACAAUGGGAUUGUCCUUAUCCUCUAUUUCGGCAACCUAGUUGCCUCGUACCUGCUGUCCUUCUGCAUUUCUCUCGCUUUCGAGGCGCCAGUGGUAACUUUGUUGAAAAUUGCAUUCACUUCGAAGAAGAGAGCAAGGUAGAAUGCAAUUGUCUGCCUGAUAGAAGGAUAAAUGGAUUAUCCAGUGUAACGACAUUGUUCCAAAUCUAAAUCUUUUAAAGCAAAGAUGAGAAUCAUCCAAAGAUGAAAAUCACUUUUCCAGGAUGGAAAAGUUCGUCUUUAUUUGUGAACAUAGAUCGCUGACAUUUAAUCAUUCUUGAUAAUAAUGUACAUAUUUGAUGAUAAUCUAUGUGAUGUUAUAAGUCUUAACAAUGUUAAAAUUUCUUUCUGCAAGAUAAAAUGCUAAAUUCCUCAUAAUUCGAUUUAUUAUUAUUAAUAAAAGAUCACAGGGAAGAGAGAGAUAAAACAAGAAACAGAUUUAUAGAAAAUGACAAUUAAUCAUCGUAGUAAUAAAAUAAUAUUGCAAAUAUGAAGAACAUUAAAGAUUAAAACCAACUGAUAUAAAUCUCUGACGUAAAGCUUUUGUCGAGUCGAGAAAUUUUGAGCUUCGGGGACAGUUUUAUUUGCGAUUCUCGCAGAAGCAACAGUAAAGUUAACACGUUGAAUCAUAUUUCUAUACGUUAUUUUGACACGAUAAUUAUUAUUAAGUAUCAUGCCCUGCCAGUGCAAUAAUCCUUUAUUUACGUAAUGGAUAGAAAAAUGUUUCCCAAACAUAAAAUCCUGAUAUAAAUCGCUGACAACACAAUAUAAAAUCACAUUAAGAAACUUUUCUCGCGUCGUAUGGAAUGAAAAAUCAACGACAGCCGUAAAUAUAUAAAUAAUAGCAACAAGCAUUUAAGCAUGCAAUACGUUGAAUACAUUGUAACAUGAUAUCAAUCUUCGAUAUAAUUUUUUUGUGUGAAAAAUAAAAAAGCAGAUUACGACAAUGUUAGAAUUUUACAGUAUUUUUAUCAUUCAUUUAGCAGUUCAUUGUCAAAUGAUAAAAUAAAUUCAGCCACGUAAAAUUCAGUUAGCAUAAAGAAAUAGAAAAAUAUAUAUAUAUGAUGCGUUUAUUCCAGAAUUUAUGCGUAUCACGCGGGAUAUCCGACGGUCCGCAAUAACGAAAGAAAAAGCGAAAAAUACGUUGUAUAGUACAAAAUCGAUAGAAAACAUAGAAAUAAAUAGAAAAAAUACAUUACUUUUGCGUAUCAAUAAAAAAUACACAGAGAGAACAAUUUACGUUAAACAACAAUGUAUUCAAUUACCUUUUUUUUACUUUAUAAU